UCCGGGCGGGGAAGGGAGAGGCGACUCUUUGCUUCCUAUCUGCCAACAAAUUCCCAGCUCAUUACCCUAACACCACAGCUUGAGAGAGGGAUAGUGUGAUCACACUGUCAUGCCACCAUGGAUCUGCCAGGUAACACCAUCUCCAACGUGGGCAUCACACUGCAAACGUAAUGUUAGAGCGUUAUCAAACUAGCACGCGGGUUUAGUGGAAAGGGACAGUGAGCUGGGAACAGCAGUAAAUAUUUUAUCUAACUUGGAGAUCUCUUCGCAAUUAAAACGGCAAUGGCAUCCAAACAAACUGAAGAACGUUAUUUGAUCCUCUAGGAGGCUGCUUUGGAAGUGGUGGUCAAGAGAAGGGAGGAGGCAGUUUGGAGGUGGGGGGGGGGGUGGGGUGGUGGUGUGCACAACACAAAAAAAACAAUUGUGAUCGGCCCGGUGUGAUCUAUAUCGGAUUACCGAGAAUCGCAUGGAUCUGCUGCUAAUCCGCCCGGGAUCUCUUAACAUGCUGGCACUGAGCCUGCUCCUCGCUUGCACGGGGCUCGUGUUGGGACAGAACGAAACGGAACCCAUCGUCUUGGAAGGGAAAUGUCUGGUGGUGUGUGACUCGAACCCGUCCUCGGACGGGGCUGUCACCUCUUCCCUGGGAAUCUCCGUGCGGAGCGGCAGUGCAAAGGUAGCCUUCUCAGCCGUGCGCAGCACCAACCACGAACCGUCCGAGAUGAGCAACAGAACCAUGACGAUCUACUUCGACCAUGUGUUAGUUAAUAUUGGAAACCAUUUCGAUAGGAGGUCCAGCACUUUCGUGGCCCCGAGGAAAGGGAUUUACAGUUUCAGCUUUCACGUGGUCAAGGUGUACAACCGGCAGACGAUCCAGGUAAGCCUCAUGCAAAAUGGCUGGGCUGUGAUUUCUGCUUUUGCCGGGGACCAGGAUGUGACCCGGGAGGCUGCUAGCAACGGGGUGCUCUUGAACAUGGAGAGAGAGGACAAAGUCUACUUAAAACUUGAAAGAGGCAACUUGAUGGGAGGAUGGAAAUAUUCGACGUUUUCUGGCUUUUUAGUAUUCCCUCUAUAAAGGAACACCAAUGCUCGUCAAAAUCCUGUAUGAGGAUCAAGUCGCCAUGUACAUUAUCGAUAUUGCAACGGAACAAGAUUAUUAUACCAAAACCACCUAACUGCUAAGUAGGGGCAGACCCAUUACCUACCAAUUAGAAUAAUUUCUUUGAAUACUGACAAUUGCCUUGGCCAAUGUGGUUCUAAGUAGUUCUGGUGACAGUGCUCCUUAGGAUAUCAAGAGAAUUUAUUGACAAGGACAAUUUCUGGCUAGACAAUAGAAACUGGAUUUUCUUAUGGGCGGAUUUUUGAUUGAACGAACCGAACCUUCGUGGACAAGACCGUACUCGCAAGUGACGAUCGAAAAAGCGUGAUUAAAAAAGAGAAACGAGUUAGGGUUUUGAUUUAAAUGUUCUGGCAAAGCUUUCUUUCGUGUUCGUAUAUAGCCUUAAGCAAAGAACAAGUCCAAAUUCAGUGGCGUGUUUUUUUUUAAAUUUGGGGAAAAUUAUGUAUCGUUUCUGUAGGUGAGCUGAUUUUGAAGAAGUGCUUUAUCACAAAAGGUUUCUUUGCACGAAUUGGACGCAGCUCUUGUUCCUUCUUUGUGUUGUGGUUGGUGUUCUUUGACCUUUUUGGGUGCAGAAAGAGUAAACCUAUAGAUUAAUAACACGAGACAUACCACGAAUGAUUGUAAUAAAU